UAUUCAAAGAAAUAUUUAUUUGAAUCUAGUUUUUUUUUCUCAGUGUAUAAGCAAAAGCAAAACCACAUGUUUUUUGCAUUAUCUGGAUGCAUUAUUUUUUUACGAAAUUACAAAAACAAGCUUUAAAAAGUUUAUUUUAUUAAAUAGUAAUAUUAUAAAGUGAUCUUUAAUGCAAGAUUUGGCUCAUUCGAAAAAUUGAUUAUAAGCAGAAGCAAGAUCGCAUGUUUUAAUUCUUCUUACGUUAUCUAGACGAAGAUUAUUUACAAAAUGUUAUAAGGAUUAUCAAGUAAUUUUCAGGUACAUUAUAAAAUAAUUUUCAAAGCAUCAAAACGAUAAGUUGUUUAAAACGAGCUAAAUCGGUCGAUUAAACUGGCACGUUCACACGUUGUUACGUAUUUUACAAUUGAUUUGUACCUAUUCAUUCGCUAAUUCACUUCAUAUCCAUUGAUUGCUACUUAAUCUGCUAUACAGAAAGCACGAGCUGUACGAGCUUAUGCGGGUUUAAUCGUAACAUUUAUAGUCUAGUCUAUUAACUGUGAUUCUGUUAAAUCAGAUGUUUGUGGAAGUUUAUCGUUGCGUUAUCAUAUCAUUGCUGAAAGGCUUACAAUGGCGCUAUAACCACAGUUCGCUCGAUGAUGCGAGCCGGCUCUAAAAAUUAAAAUUUCAUGCUUCUUCACUUACAUAAAAGUCUUUACAAUAAUCAACACUCGUAUUAAUUAAAUCUUCAUUAUCAAAGUCCAAUUUUUUCUCACGAUUAAUGCACGUAUUAUCAGCAUGCGUGAUUUUCGCAUUGUAGAGAAUAGUAAACAACAGUAAAUAAAACAUAAAUAAUACGGGCAGAUUCUAUUUCAUUUGGAGUGUAGUACAGUUGAGAAAAUAUUUGCGCUUUUAUUUAGGAUGCGUCUUCGUAGAUAAAUAAAUCGAUCUUUACGUGGCGCCGUUAAAGAGGAACCAAUGCACCAUAGGUUUUUUUUUAUGAAUCGCAAAUGUUCUCGAUAAAAGCUUCAUGCGUCAGCGGCUUCUCACAAAGUUUCAUUAACAAUUCGUUUUAAUUUAUCGAUUCAUUUUUAAAUAAUGAGCUAAAUAAAGCGCAUUACAUAAAGUGUUAAAAAUAGAAUGAUAGAUGGAAUAGCAGCACGAACAUGUGCGAUUGUUUAAGAGUAAUAAAGGGAACGCUUAAAAAUAUGGAAUUUUAUUAUAAAAGAUGUACUUAAUUAGGAAGAGCUUGUGCACUUAUUAACCCUCGCCGAGCAAUUUGCGAAAAUUUACAAGAACGUACAUCACGAAGAAUGUACGCUGAAUCUACUGCGCAAGAAUUCUCUCUCUCUCUCUCUCUGUCUCUUUUGACUUUCGCAUCCUUGAAACUUUGUAAGAAGAACCUAACAGUCCGUCCGUUAUGCGGGUUAUGAAACAACAGAUAAUACCACUAAAAUAUUCAAUAUUCUGAGUGAAUUGUGCUUUUUAAAGAAAGAAUUGAUAAUUUUACGACACUGGAGGAGUAUCCAUAAAUAAUUUAAUACCCUCAGUGAGCGCAACAAUUAUGACUCGCGUGACACAAUGUCGAUACGAAUCAGGGAUUACCGCGGACCGUGUCUUAUGUACAGCAAGCGUGUUACAUACGCGUUACUACAUAGCGCCUCAUGAAUUUUUCAUCGCGAAACGUGUAGCCGUCUACAGGCUCGUGAAACGUCGAAAGUCAUUGCUCUUGUCGGGAGAUCAAUAAAGAGGGGUGAAAAAUCGCGCGUCUCAAAAAGAUUAAUGUCUUAUAUAAUCCCGCAUCGGCGCUGAUUUAUUCCGCAUAAUACGAAGUGUGGCUGGCUCACUCGUUACGGCGGCACAGUGUGCCACAAAAUCGAACGUGACUCGCCUGAAACCCGACUGGGGCAAAAUUCAUACCAAUGCGAAUUUAAUCAAAACGGCUUCUGUACAUUUACGAAGGGAACCGUCGCUCUUCUUUAUACAAGAGAAUCUUCCACGAUACUAAUUUUUUUUUUUUUUUCAAUCCCGAUCCGAAAUCUUAUCGUCAAAAAAUCUGUCAACUAUCACGUAAAAAGCCUAAUAAACGUAUCCCUUUUCUAAUGUCCUUUGUCCUUUGAUACGGAAAAGAGAGAGAGAUUUAAUGGAUGUCUGACUGCUCCGGACGGAUAAAUGGAUUUAUCAGCGGAACUGCGAUAGAAAAAAAGAUUAAAGGAACGCGAGGGAUUGAAACGUCAAUAUUUCAUCGAAUUCGUUAUACAAGGCUUGGGUGUCAUCCUGGAUCUCAACAUAGUGCUUUAUAUACUCGAUACGCAGCAUAUAGAAAAAUAUACAAAGCGCGAUAGUGCAUAAACUGUAAAAAAAAGAUGAAAUAAAAAAAAAAUUUCGAUAAAUUACGCAGAUCUAUAGCGUUUCGAACGAAUAAUCGGUUCGCAAGGUCUAAAUCGACCUUUUUUUCAUCACGUAAAUCGUAAUCAAAUCAAAACUUGUUUGGUCAUGGAGAAGCGAUUCUCCGAUUUCGUUAUAGCUUUUCUAAAUAAAUUAUAAAGGCACAAAAGGUAUAAAAGAAUUUAGAUUUGAUAAUGCCGUUAUCUACCGGAAAUGUGUGCCACGUUACGCUUUGUUAAAUGUCUACCGUGGAAUAACAAAGCCAGAUUUAACGUUAACAAGCGAACAAAUAGACGCGCGUUCUCUUGCCCGAAGCGCGAGGGAAAAGUCAAAAGAGGCAGAUCGAUAUUUUCGCCAGGCUCGUUUCGCCGAGCAAAUGGCGUGCGCGCCACUUUAAAAUUUUAAUCGCCGCGAGCGGCAGGCGUCCCCCGCAUAUACUGCAUUCGCGUUUAUAAAGGCGACAUAAUGAGCGCGCGAGAGCGCGCGGACCUCGGGCUUCGGGCGAUGCCGAUUAACUGAGGAUUACUUUAAUUAACUUUACGCUCGCGACGUAACGACGCGGAGCACAGGCUCCGAGGCUGAGCUCGCGCGAUUCUCCGUCGGCGUGUUAUCGCACCGCGUUACAUUUGUUGAAAUCGAAAACCUUCGCUUCGCGCAACCUACGUAGCAGCCAGUUGUUGAACAGAAAUAGUUGAGAUAAUGACGAUUUGCGUGAUUACGAGAAACUGAAGCAAUUUGUCGCGAAAUGCAUUAGUCGAUCAGCGUGGGAACAAAGAGGGAGAUCGUAACGCAAGUCUCGUCUUCUCAAGACAAACAUCGUGACGAGCAAACGGCGCCGGGCAAACGGACGCAAUGGAGGCAGUGGCUGGCGUGCAUAUCAGCGACUCUAUCCAUGGUGGCGGUCGGCACUGUCUACGGAUGGACCACCACUAUGCUUUCGCGGCUCACAUCCGGCGCCAGCGACAUCCCAGUAAAGAUAACCGAUGACGAAGGCUCAUGGAUCGUGUCGCUGACGGUGAUCGGUUCGAUGAUCGGCCCGUUCCUCGGCGCCAGCUUCGCCGAUCGAUACGGUCGUAAGAGGUGUCUCCUGUUCGCCAGCGGUUUCUUCGUCGUCGGCUGGACGAUCGUCUUUUUUGCUCAAACCGUCACCGCCCUCUACGUCUCCAGGAUAAUCCUUGGGAUUGGCGUGGGCAUCUCGUACACUACCAAUCCGAUGUACGUGUCGGAGGUCGCCGACAUCGAAAUCAGGGGUGCCCUCGGCACCCUGAUCGCCGCGAACGUGUUCACCGGCUCCUUGCUGACGUGCAGUGUCGGUCCGUGGGUGUCGUAUCAAGUCCUGACGGUCGUACUCCUCGCGGUACCCGUCGUCUUCGUGCUGUGCUUCUCCUGGUUCCCCGAGACUCCCGCCUUCCUCGUGACCAGGGGCCGCAGAUCGGAGGCCACCAGGUCUCUCGCGUUCUUCAAAGGGAUUCGCGAUCGCGACGAGGCGAGACGAGAGCUGGAGUACACUUUACGUAACGUUUUUAUCGAGGACGUUUGCGAUAACACCCCGGUGAUCGGACCCGGGGCACGAACCGAGCCGGUUAAGCGCAGUUGGAUGGCCAAACUGAAGCUGAUGCUGUUGCCCAGCAACCUCCGAGCCCUCGGCAUAAUACUCAGUCUAAUUGCGACGCAGAAUCUUAGUGGAAACUUCAGCACUAUACAGUACCUUGAGGUACUCUUCAAGAAAGCAGCGAUCGGCAUCGACUCCAACCUGGCCACGAUACUUGUGUUCGCGGUCGGUCUCGUCUCCUGUGCAUCGUCAACCGCAACCGUCGAGAACGCGGGCAGACGGCCGCUGCUGAUCGUCUCUACUUUGGGCUCCUCCAUCACCCUGGCGAUUCUUGCGAUAUACCUUAUGCUGGACGGAAAGGGUGUCGACGUGUCAGCGGCAAAUCUUCUUCCGGUGAUCGACGUGAUUGUCUUCCAGAUAGUCUUCCAAAUUGGUUUAGGUACCCUACCGAACGCGCUGAUCGGCGAAUUGUUCCCCACUGAGGUGAAGGCGUUCGCCGGUGCCAUCGUUAUUGUCUUCGAUGGCGUGCUUGCCUUCACCGUGUCCAAGCUGUACCAGGUGAUCGGCGACUGGCUGGGCGCCGACACUGUUUACUAUUUCUUCGCGGCGUCGUGCUUCUUGGCAUUCGUAAUGGUGCUGUUCACCGUGCCCGAAACCAAAGGUCGGACUUUCCGCGAAAUUCAAGAACUUCUGAAGAGUGACAAGAAGAAAACGGAGAUUGUCGAAUGUUCGCAGGAGCGGAGUAAUACGGCGUGACAGAGAGGAAUGUGUCGCACCUCGUACUGGACACGGUGCGAACUCACUUACGAGAUACCGCCAUCAAACAUUUCUUUUUUCUCUUCAAAGAGACGGACUUUGAAACGGCGAUUACUUACUCCCAACUGUACAUCGAAUGUACGCUUGCACGUUUUUCAGGCAGUGAAAAACGGGAGGCAAAGGCAGAAUCGCCUUUGCCUCGCAGUUCACAUUUACCAUGAUUUUUCUCGCAUCUGCCAUCGGAAAAUAAAGUGGUUUUUGUUAAGUCGUUCUUGUGUUGCGUAUAAAUUCAUCUCGAUACACUCUCAUUCGUGUUUCAUCAACUGUGAAUAUUUUUCGCCAAUAUUCUGAAGAUUACGAUCGUCGUGAAAUUUAACAUUUAUUUAUUAAAAUACUCCUCUAUGAGGAGUACUGUUUUUAUACAGCUUUCCUCCCCUUUUUCACACUGGACAUUAGGCGGAUCGAAUAUUUAACGGGACGUCAGUCUUCAGAGCUUCUCGUGCAUGCAAGAUGAAAUAUUUAAGCAACGAAAACUAUGAGAGAAAUGGAAAUAAAAAGGACUGGCAAGUAAAAAUUUCUAGUAAACACGCCGCGUCUCUUAUACAAGGAGCGUAAAAAUCAUAAGCGACGGUUAAACAUUGAGAUAAAGAGAAAGAGAAGAAGGCGCUUGAAAAAUCGCGAGAAUGUUCCGCAGUAAAGAACAAAAAGAAAAUAUAAUGGAAAACCCUCCAGAGAUCCGGUAUUGUCGAGAAAGGCGACUUUAUACUGUUUUCAUAACCGCUGACUAUACACACAUUUUUAACAUUGUAACAUAUUUUACAUACUGUUUUAUAUUAUUUUUAGACUUAAUUCGUUGUAAAUGUAACUUUUGCGAUAUUCUUUUCUUUUCGAGCAGUGCAAUCAAUGGUAGGCAAUCGUAUUUGCGCUAUUACGAAAUAAAAAAACGAGAGAAAAUAAAUAUUUGCGCUACGUUUACGAACGAUCGCAAAUCAAUCUUAUUCGUAAACGUGACGCAAUCUUUACGCGACAUUUUUUUCCCAAAUAAGUUUAAGUUAAAAUCGUAAAAGUUUCAUUUUAUGAAAUAGCCGGUGUGCGAGGAUUUCGCGCACGGUUUUAGUCUUUCGCAACGACAGCGGAAAAUAUAAAUGUAACGUUUUUCUUUCGAUCAAGAGCAUAUUGCAAAAUCUAAAACAAAAAAUUGACAGCUAUCAGAUUUCAAUUGUUUUUUCUGUAAACAAAAAUAUGAAAGAUAUACGUAUGCACCAUCUUUUUGCGCGUAAAGUUCAAAGAGAAUAUUUUUUUGUAAACAUUAUCAAAACAUUACUGCCAAAAAAUAUUCGUCCUUCGAACCAGCUUUAAAAUUGACUUCUUACACAUAAAAACAAAAUCUAAAAACAAAGUUGAGAGAAAGAAAAAGGAAAUUAAUAGAAAAUUAAAGCGCGAAGAGAAUGCCUCGCCGGGCCAAAGAGAAAUGUGUUACCAAGUCAAUAAAUAGUGAUAUUUUUAAAGAGCGAGAAA